UGCACUAAAGACUGGAGCAGUAGAGACUGUGCUUUGUUCUGAGGAAGGCAAGGAUUCUCCAUCUAGCUUUGCAAUUUAUUUGGGUGGUUCAUGUAUUUAGCAGAAAACAGAAGUUCAAAGAACGCGACUAUGCUGGACACGCAGAGGUGGAAAAAUACAACUGGGAUACCAACGCGAUGAAAUUGCUGAGCUUGGAGCACAUUUUUUUAAGAACUCUUGAAGCAAGGGAAGACUGCAGUGGUUUUGUAAGGGAUGUAAUCAUCGUCUGGGGCGCAGAAAGAGAGCAAUGAAUCUGACAAAGCUGAAAAAAAUAUAUUUCUGCACUGACUUUAGUAGAAACCCAUCCAACGUGAGGAUAUAGCAUUUUAAAUGUUCUAAGCAAAACAACGUGUUUUGCAGUUUUGUAAAAGGACCAAACACAUGAGAAAAAAGGAAGAAUUUGAUGUUACCAUUUCGCAACGAAAAUAUAAAUCUUUAUCCCCCUCGUACCAUCAGUUGUGAAGAAAAAACAAGACAUGAAGAAUUUCUUUUUUAAACGGAGGUAGUAAUCCGCGGCGAUUUUGCUAUUAAUCUGCAAAUUCGUUUGAAUGGAUAUUCUGUAACUGUGUAUAUACUGGUAAUGAUGUUUUUAAAAUGCCCCAGAACCAAGUUGUCCGUUUGGGCUGCACUGUGUGUUUUUGUGCUGUGUUGGCUGUACAUUUUCCCAGUAUACAGGCUCCCAAGCGACAAGGAGAUUGUGAAUGAAGUCUUGCGGCAGGGAAAAGCAUGGAACAAAAAUUUCACGGGCAUCUCAAUGUUCAGGAAGCUUCUUAGAGACUGCUGUGAUCCACGUAACCUGUUUUCGGUGACAAAGCAAAAUGCUCCCCCUGGGAAGAUCCUCUGGUAUGAUGGCGAGUUUUACUACUCGCACACAGUCAACAACGAUUCCUACUCUCUCUUCAUUGAGGAAACCCCCUUUCAGCAGCCUCUGAAGAAGUGUUCUGUGGUUGGCAACGGUGGGAUCCUGAAACACAGUGGCUGUGGAAAAGAAAUCGAUCGAGCAGACUUCAUUAUGCGGUGCAAUCUGCCACCACUCUCAGAGGAUUACAGGGAGGAUGUGGGGACCAAAACGCAUUUAGUGACUGCUAACCCCAGCAUUAUUGAAAAAAGGUAA